AUGGACUAUUGUAAUUCUUUUCUUGUAAACACAAAGGUGCACGUAAUUCUCAAUACUCAACUUUACAAGAUAGUUCCUCCAUAUAAAUAUGGUUUAUGCAAUUUGCAGGGUGGAAUCAUACUAGGCCCUUCGGUACUGGGACGUAACCACCACUUUGCCAACACAAUAUUUCCUCUAAGGAGCGUGAUGGUUCUUGAGACAAUGGCUAAUGUUGGUCUCCUCUACUUCCUCUUCCUAGUUGGAGUAGAGAUGGAUAUUUCAGUCAUUCGUCGAACAGGGAAGAAGUCCCUGCUCAUUGCAGUUGCUGGAAUGAUCCUUCCCUUCAUCAUUGGCGCUUCUUUCUCCUUCCUUCUCCACCAAAAUGGUUCUGACAUGAGCCAAGGAACUUUCAUCCUCUUCCUCGGAGUUUCGCUCUCCGUCACCUCAUUCCCAGUACUUGCCAGAAUCCUAGCAGAGCUCAAACUCAUCAACACAGAAAUUGGGAAGGUCGCCAUGUCAUCUGCACUUGUGAAUGAUAUGUGUGCUUGGGUUCUCCUAGCUUUGGCCAUUGCCUUAGCUGAGAAUCAAUCUACUUCCUUGGCUUCCCUUUGGGUGAUACUGUCAAGUAUGGGGUUUGUUGUCUUCUGUAUUUUCAUUGUAAGACCAUCCAUUCAUUGGAUGAUCAGGAAAACACCAGAGGGAGAAACCUUCAGCGAGUUCUCUAUAUGUCUGGUUCUCACAGGGGUCAUGGUCUCGGGAUUCAUCACAGAUGCCAUUGGAACACAUUCUGUUUUCGGUGCUUUUGUUUUUGGCUUGGUUAUUCCAAAUGGACCACUUGGGGUUACUCUCAUUGAGAAGCUAGAGGAUUUUGUUUCAGGGCUUCUUCUCCCUCUCUUCUUCGCCAUAAGUGGGCUUAAAACCAACAUAGCAGCUAUCGAUUCAGCUGGAACCUGGGGAUAUCUAAUGCUCGUCAUUUUUCUUUCCUGUACUGGAAAGGUUGUUGGAACUCUGCUUGUUUGCCUCUACUACCAGAUGCCAGCUCGUGAAGGAGUUACUCUGGGAUUGCUCAUGAAUACAAAAGGCCUUGUUGAAAUGAUAGUCCUUAAUGUUGGCAAGGACCAGAAGGUCUUAAAUGACGAGUCAUUUGCAAUUAUGGUAAUUGUAGCAGUGGUUAUGACCGGUAUCAUCACACCAAUUGUAACAACAAUUUAUAGGCCGGCAAGGAGGUCCAUACCUUACAAACGCCGGACAAUUGAGAGAUCGAAACCGGAUUCAGAGUUUCGAGUAUUGGUGUGCAUCCACACCCCUCGAAAUGUUCCAACAAUCAUUAAUCUCCUCGAAGCUUCCCACCCCACCAAAAGAUCUCCAAUAUGCGUUUAUGUGCUGCACCUGGUUGAACUCACCGGUCGUGCAUCGGCAAUGCUCAUAGUUCAUAACACCAGAAAAUCUGGCAGGCCAGCACUCAACAGAACCCAAGCCCAAUCUGACCACAUCAUCAAUGCAUUUGAGAACUAUGAGCAGCAUGCUGGGUGUGUCUCAGUUCAGCCUCUCACUGCCAUUUCACCUUACUCUACCAUGCAUGAAGACAUCUGUAACCUGGCAGAGGACAAGCGUGUCGCCUUCAUAAUCAUCCCUUUUCACAAACAGCAAACAGUUGAUGGUGGAAUGGAAGCCAUGAACCCAGCAUUUCGAAUGGUGAACCAGAAUGUGCUAGCAAACUCACCUUGCUCAGUUGGAAUUCUCGUGGACAGGGGCCUAAAUGGCUCCACGCGCUUGGCUGCAAACCAGAUAACUCAUCACAUUGCCGUGCUGUUCUUCGGUGGACCAGAUGAUAGAGAGGCACUAUCAUAUGCAUGGAGGAUGUCCUCACAUCCAGGUAUAAGCCUUACAGUGAUGCGCUUCGUUCCAGGUGAUGAUGCAGGUGAGUCUGCAGCUCAGUCACAUGUUGAUCUAGAUGACCGUGGAGCAUUAACAGUUGAAACAGAUGAUGCAUUUGAGAAGAAGCUAGAUGAGGACCUUAUAAAGGAAUUCAGGAUGAAGAAUGUGACUGAUGAGUCAAUUGUAUUUACGGAGAAGGUUGUGAACAAUGGGGAGGAAACAGUGGCAGCAAUAAGGUCAAUGGACAGCAUACAUGACCUGUUCAUAGUUGGAAGAGGACAGGGAAUGAUAUCACCUCUCACAGCCGGGCUCACCGACUGGAGUGAGUGUCCGGAACUAGGCGCGAUCGGAGAUUUGCUAGCAUCAUCGGAUUUUGCAGCCACGGUGUCGGUUUUGGUGGUACAACAGUAUGUUGGAAUGGAGCAUCAAGAUGGGCUUGGAACACCUGACACCCCAGGCCAAGUAGAUGAUCAAUUUAACAAUUUCCAGCAAACAAACCGCCGGCCACAGCCACCAAAGGGACAAGUUGUAUUCAGCCCAUAAUAGAUUUAACAAAUGGGGUGCCUCUCCCAUUGUCCUAUAAAAGAAACAAAAGCAAACAUAACACUAUAUGAUACCCAUUUUUUCCUGAGCUUUUGUUGUGUUCCCCCCCCUCCCCCCCGCCCCCCCCAUUAGCAUCACAGUUAUAUAAAGUCUAACCAUGCUCACCAGUUUUUGGAUUUAGGCUCUGUUUCUCUCUCUUUUUUUUUUUUUCUUUUUUUGGGUUAGAUCUUAAUUCUUGGAAGAUUUCUUACUUCUGUGUUUUGAUUUUUGUAGCAAAACUUAAUUUAUUGACCUUAAAUAUCAAAUGCUUAACCAGUAAAUUCCCCCAUUCGGCCAGCACCGAUUGCUUUUCAUAUAUAUAUACUCACUUUUUUGUUUGUUCAAGUUUUCUAAAACUUAAAAUUAUAGAAGGAAAAAUCAAUCAUUAGAACAAAACCCCAA